GCACUCCAUACCGACUGAGACUGAGAGUGAGCACCCUAACUGGUUCAACCAUUUGCCAUGUCUUCCCGACGUCAUUUACCGUUCAACAAUCGACGAUUCCGAGAAGAGAACACACCCUGCAAAGCAUUUUCCCACUCGAUCUCCUCUAAUCCAACUUUUCUUCCAUUCACUUUCGUUUUCUUUCUUCCCGUUGAUUGGUCGGCGGUGAUAAUUGAUGGGUUCUAUUCUAUCCAGGUUAGUCAAAGUCCCCACCCGCCCAUAAUUUUGAUUACUCUAUUUUAUUUAAUUCAAUUCAAUUCAAUGUAACAAUAAUUAGGACGAAGAAACAAUAAUACAUCGUAUGAACGUUUUAUAUGAUGUAAUAGUCGAAAAGGGUAUAUUCCUUCCGGAGAAUUUCUCGGGGCCAUUUGGGUCAUGGCGGUUCGAUCUUCCAAUCGAGUUUUUGUUUGUUUGUUUUGUUUUGUUUUUGAUAUCUGAAAAGAUCUUUCGGGCCAUUGUAAUCAAUUUGGGAUUUUCAUUCUGGGAUUUGUGUGAUUUCUUGGGAAGAUGCAUGCCGUGGUGAGGCUCGGCAGCUACAUAUCCCGUGGAGUUUAUACAGUUUCCGCUCCUUUUCAUCCAUUUGGUGGCGUUGUAGAUAUCAUCGUGGUGCAACAGGAAGAUGGGAGUUUCAAGUCAUCGCCUUGGUACGUACGGUUUGGGAAAUUUCAAGGAGUUCUUAAGGCGAAAGAGAAGCUUGUCAAAAUAAAUGUAAAUGGCGUUGAUUCAGAUUUUUAUAUGCAUUUGGAUCAUAAAGGGGAAGCCCAUUUCACUAGGGAAGUUGAUCCGGACGAUGUAGAUUCUUUAUCAUUUUCUGGUGAGGAUAUUGAUGGUCUAUCUUCAGAUAGGAGGCCUAUGAAGUCAAAAAGUUGUCAUUUUGAUGCAAGAACUCUUCCAGAUUCAAUUACACAGAUUGAUGUCAGCAAUGGUAAUAUUUCUCGUGGCUCUCGUAGCUCUCGAUUUCUGGGUUUUGUUUUGGGAAGAAAGUCUGUGGAAUGUGAUAGACCACCUCUACCCAUUGAGGAUGAUAACUCUAGGGUUUUAAGGGCACAGUCAUGGGAUCAAUCCGAGAUUGCAGCUGACCUCUUAGAGGUGAGAUGGUCCACCAACCUUGCAUCAUCUCCUAAGCAACACAAAAAAAACACUUCUAGAUGUUCUGCUUCUGAUAGGUCUGUUUGGGUGAAAGAUAAGUAUAUUGAAAUUAAUGAUAAACAACCUGAUAUGGUUCAUAGUUUCAAUGGCCUUGCAUCCCAUGGUGAAAAAAUGAGCAACACUUCUCCUCCUUGUGCCUUUCAGAAGAUGGAAACUUCUGAUAAGGGGGAAAAUGAUGCUGCUGGUGUCUUCAAAGAGGAGGAUGGAUGCUAUAGACAUCAAAUCGAUCUUUGUGAUGAAAUUCCUCAAAACUUAAAUUUAGAAUCGAGCAAUCAACAAAUAACUGUAACUCCAUUAAUCUCAAGUAGUAUUGAAGAAGUGAAUGUCAACGCUAACACACUUCAAGUGGCAACAAAACUGUUAUCUGAAGUUGUUCCUCCACAUGAAACUAGCUUACUUAUCAGCCAACUUCCAGAAAAGAUCUCUAGAACUGAGGAAAUCGUUCCUAGCUCAACCGUAAAUAGCAUUGUAAAUGAAAUCUGUACUCAGGUGGUUACUAUUGACCCAUUAGAUGGUUCCGUAAAAGAAAUUGAGUCACACAGCAUAAGUGCCAUAUCUGAUCUAAAUCAUUCAACACAUGGACUAAAGUAUGAUGGAGAAGAUAGAGAUGGAAGGGACGAAAGGAAAGAUUUAUGCAGCGAUCGACUCUCACAACAAAUAUGUGUUUCCGAGUCAGAAUAUUCAGAGGAAGAUCAAUUAUUUUUUGGUGAAGUUGAUGAUAUUGCCAAUAAUGAGGUGAAGCACACAGAAUCAGUAUCUACAUUUUGUUCAGAUGAUGAAAAAAAUCAUUUAGUCAUCUCUAGAGAAUAUGAAGGCCCCACCAAGGAAUUAUAUGUGCCUCCUGUGUCUUCUAGUAGCAUUGACAUCCCUGGAAGUGGCACUGGUGAUGAAUUUAAGAGGACAGCUGAAUCUUUACCUAACAUUCAGUUUCAUGGAAAUGAUAUGGAUGUAAAUAAUCAGCAUAAGAAUUCUUUAGGCCUUUCUCUAGAUUUGAAUACUGGAUCCCCAAUCGGGCAAGAAAUGAAAGAAGGUGGUCUGGACACUGUGGAAGCUGAUAACAUCAAAGAGCUCCAUAUUGAUAGCAUGUCUGAUGAGGAUAAAAGUGUGCAUGUCAGCCCCGCAGCUGGUGAUCCAUCCAAACAUGCUGAUUUUGAGAGUGAAAACACGGGAGGUUGGUUUUUCCCAUUCAGAAAAUCGAGUGUGAAGGCUGCCCAGUCAGAACAGAAUCCUCCUAUAGUUUGUAAUGACACAGAAUCAUUGCAGAGCUCAGUUAAUGUUGAUGAGGAUAAAGUCAUCCCCCCUUCACUGGAAGAGAAAAUGAAAAAGAAACUCAGGGAACUCACUCCUACUUCAGAACAGCUAGCAUCGUUGAACUUGAAAGAAGGGCCAAAUACUGUAACCUUCACAUUCUCAACUUCUAUGUUGGGACCCCAGCAGCUUGAGGCUAGAAUGUUUUUGUGGAAAUGGGACACGCGUAUAGUAAUAUCAGAUGUUGAUGGAACUAUUACCAAAUCUGAUGUUUUGGGACAAUUCAUGCCAAUGGUUGGAAUAGAUUGGUCUCAGACUGGUGUUGCACACCUGUUUUCUGCUAUUAAGGAAAAUGGAUAUCAAUUGCUAUUCCUAAGUGCACGAGCAAUCUCUCAGGCACAUCUUACCAGACAAUUCUUGUUUAAUCUCAAACAGGAUGGGAAGGCUUUACCAGAUGGCCCCAUUAUUAUCUCUCCAGAUGGACUUUUCCCCUCUCUGUUUCGAGAAGUUAUUAGAAGAGCUCCUCAUGAAUUCAAAAUUGCUUGCUUAGAGGAUAUCAAGGCAUUGUUUCCUCCUGAGCAUAGCCCAUUCUAUGCGGGCUUUGGCAAUAGAGACACAGAUGAAAUUAGUUACCUAAAGGUUGGAAUACCAAAAGGAAAAAUCUUCAUCAUUAAUCCUAAGGGUGAGGUAGUUGUUAACAGGCAAAUUGACACAAGAUCAUACCCUUCUCUCCAUGAACUUGUUCAUGGGAUGUUUCCACCAGUGGUGUCUACAUCAGAGCAGGAGGAUUUCAAUUCCUGGAAUUUUUGGAAACUUUCUCCUCCUGUUAUUGAUUAAGGAGAAAUUGGAUGCAUGUCUUUUUACACUUCUCAUUCAGGUACCUUGAUGAUUCUUUUCUGUGAUCAGACGGCUAAGACUUCAAGUUGUGUAUAGACAGACACCCAGAGUUUUGGUCUUCCGAAAACUGGAAAGUCAAGGAAAUUGAUACAGCUUAAAGGUUCCAAAUAUGGGAUAUGAGCAAUUGCCAGAAAUAAUUUUUAGCACCAAUAGAACUUAUUCUAGGUAGGGAAUACAUAGCACCAAUAGAACUUUUUCUUUAAUCAAUAACUAUUAUGAGCAACGAGAAGUUACUCCAUGUAAAGGGUUUCAAAAGAAAUUAAUAAGCCUAUUGAGCAACAGUUUCUAACUCUAUGAUCCAAAUGAUGUUUGAUGAACUCAUAUUUCUAAUGAUUGCAUAUGAUUCCAAUA